AUGAGUCAAAAUUUAAGUUGUGUACUUGAUGUUCUGUCUAAGAAACAAGAAAAUUUGGCUGCAAAUAGGAGAAUUUUUACUACCGAUUUCAUAAAUCAGUGGCCUGUCAAAAGUCAAGAGCUAUGUUCUCAAUUUAGUAACCUAGAAAAUAAUGAAGGAAGAAAAAAGUGGCUUAAGGAAGUUUUCAAUGAAUUGAUGGAUAUUUUAAGUGAACAGCGCUUGCCGGGGAAUCUUUCGAUGCCUAGCAUCUCAAAAUUAAUCGACGAUAUCAUUUUGGGCGGAAGUGGAGACCUAAUGGGACAAGAAUUGACAUCAAUUGUUGGAAAAAUGUUCAUAUCGGUGCUACAACAAUCUCCCGAGGCUGAUGACAACAAAGUGGCAGCGCUCGCCAGAAUUACUAAUUCAUUGCAUAGGGAACUCUUCAAAUUCAGUAGAAUCUCAACGAAAUUGUUGAACAAUGAACAAACUGUAUUAUUGAAACACCUCUUAAAGAAAUCCAAAUACGAGCUAAAAAAGUUCAAUUUGCUGGCCGAAUGUUCUACGGGAUAUUCUCAGCUGACAAUGUUACUAAUAGCGGCCUAUAAUGAUAUCGACAAAAUGCAAAAGAUUACAUAUUAUCUGAAGCAACUUUAUCACAUUGUCGGGAAAUAUUCUCUAGACUCUAUGCGAACACUUGACAUUAUACUUCAGCUAUCAAGUGCUUUUAUUACCGACCACUACAUGUUUCUGGUCAAGCUGCUUAAAAAAUCGGAUUACUGGCCUACUAACUGCCCUGCAAAUAACGGCAUCUAUGAGAGUUUAAAUAUUGGUGGCAAUAUGAUUGCUUCUAAUAUUAUUGCAUUUUCUCUUUCCAGGGAUGGUACAUACAGUGAUUCAAAAUACUUAGACAUGGUCUGCAUAUUGAUUAAAUACGGAUUUGUGAACUUUGUAUCAAUUUGGGAAAACGUUGGACCAGACAAUGAAUCCUUGGAAAGAUACUUUGUCGGAUUCGAAAAAAAGUUGGAAGCCGAAUCUAUGAAGAAUGCUUCAAAUCCUCUGGCUAUGGCAGCAGCUCUGACGGCCGAUGAAGAUACCGAGAGCGUUUCAAGGGAGGAUGGGAAGGAGAUACAAGGUGAAAAAUUAAUCGAUGCUGCGCAAUGCGACUCGAAGGAACAUCACUCGUUGACUCAGGAUGACAGUUGCGAUGUAUCUGUAAUCUCUAAAGGAAAACUGCAACUUCUUGAAAGACUUAUUGUGCAUGGAUGUACUUGUGCUGCUUUUUAUGUUCUCAAAAAAUCACCAAAAUUUGUUCAGAUUCAUGACCGCAUUCCAAUCUACAUAUCCAGAAUCUUCAAUUAUAUGAUUGAACCACUUUAUCACUCUAAAGUUUUUUCACCUUGCGGAAAGCUGAAAAGUGCUUUGCUGGAUACAAGACUAGAAAAUGGUGUAAUGUCACACAAAGUUAGGCUGCUAGAGGAAAUCAGAUCGCACGACCCAUUUUCGCAUCUUGAAUUACGCACUAGAUCGGUUUUUUAUUUCUCUGAAUGGUCAGAAAAAUUGGACAGGAUUCUUUCUGUUGAACAGUUAUUCAAAAGGUCACACGAGUUCCUUACCGUAUUGGGAACGUACUUGGCAAAAGAUCCAAAAUUAAUCACUAAGAUCUGUAGAAUUGGUAUCGCGGAUAUUAAGGAAAAUCCAGAGUCCAUAGAGAGAUGGAUGGACUACGCUAGAAAAUUCAUAUUUCCAGCAACACCCACUCUUGAAAUCAAUCCUGUUGUGGCAAGUGAAAUUUAUGGUCUCAUGAAGCUCUUUCCGUUCGAAAAGAGAUACUUUAUGUACAAUGAAAUGCUAACAAAACUAUCUCAAGAUGAUCUGCCGAUCAAGUUUGCUUUUAACAGAACCGAAAGAGAGGCAAAGGGAAUUUUAAAAGCAUUAAGUGUGGAUAAUAUCGAGCAGGAAUCGAGAAAACUUGCAAAACUUGCUUCCACAAAUCCGCUUGCAGUGUUAAUUCCAACUGUGAAGCAGAUUGAGAAUUAUGAUAAAGUUUCCGAACUCGUCGUCUUCUCUGCCAAGUAUUUUAAUGAUUUUGCUUAUGAUGCUUUACAAUACGUUCUUUUGUUACGUCUAACUAAUGGAAAAACUCCAGUUCAAUCAGAUGGAGUCAAUCAGGCAAUGUGGGUCCAGCGACUAGCCGUAUUUAUCGCAAAUUUAACUAAGAGCUGUGAGAAGAUGAACAUUAAUAAUAUCAUCACUUAUAUUGUCAAGACCUUGCAUCAAGGCAAUAUCAUUGCAGUUUCAUUAAUGAAAGAACUGAUCAAUAAAGUCGGCGGAAUCAGAGAUUUGAACGAGGUGAAUCUGAAACAAUUAAAGAUGCUGAAUUCAGGUGAACCGCUUAAAAGAAUAGCUCGGAAGCUAAUUUUCGAUACUAGAGAUGAAAAAAAUGAGAUUGCUACGAAACUACUAAAUCUUUUCUCAAAUCAAAACGCAGUAUCUGAGGUCAUUUUGUUACUCUAUAGAUUAAAUCUGAAAGCAAAUUCUCAUGAGGCUCAUUACAAAAUCUUAUCUUCCAGAUGUGACGAAAUGAACACUUUACUGUGGUCAUUCAUAGAGUUGGUCAAACAUUGCUUCAAGAGACAAGUUUUCAGUCAAAAUGUUUUACCAUUCGAUAUUCUCAAGAACGAUUACCACGUUUCAACACCUUGGGCUUUUCAUAUAUGGAGAGAUUAUAUGGAGGAAUCUAAUGCAGAAGGGAGCGCUUCGACAGACAAAAUCCUAGACGAUGCUUCUUUCGAAGAUGUGGACUUUUCAGAAAUUUCGAAAGAGCUUUUUAUAACUUUCUGGAAGUUAUCACUUUACGAAGUUCAGUUCGAUAAGGUCCUCUACGAGGAAAGAAAAAUCUCUCUUGAGGAAGAAAAAAGCGAGGCUGAAUCGACCAGAAAGAAAAACGAACUUUCGAAUAAGUUAAAAGAUCUCUUAGGCAGGUGCCUUUCUCAUCAAAAGACCUUCAACGAAAACAAAAGUUUUCUUGAAAUACAAGCCUCUGCCUGGAAAAAUAACUUUUCUCAAAAUGGUUGUUUACCAUUUUUCCAGCAUUGCAUCAUUCCCAGGGUGCUCUUUUCUCCCGCAGAUGCUAUGUAUGCAGCCUUUUUCUUAAAAACUUUUGAUGUUCCAUACCAACUGCUAAUAUUUGGACAAUUCGUUGACUCCAAAGUUCUUGGCACCCUUUUAUUUUGCUGCACACGGUUGGAAGCUGGAAACAUUGGUAUCUUUUAUAGGGCAUUUCUUGGAAGCUUGGAAGAAUUACGGAAUAAUGAUAAAUUGGAUAAACUGCAGCAUCGCGAAUUGUAUGACAUGCAUUGUAAGAUUACCGAACAAUUGAUUGAAACACUGCGCAAUAAAAACUAUAUGUCGAUUAGAAAUGGCAUUGAGCUUAUGAAGCAUUUGUCAUUUGUAUUCCCCCUUGUUGAUACUCAAAUCGAACUGGUUUGUGUAACACUAGAAGAAAAUUUGGAAGAAGAACAAAGGGAGGACAUUAAACUUCCGACAAAUGCACUUCUCGGCCACUUGAAGGCAAGAUUAAAGAAGGCGACGAGGUUGCUUGACUAUUGUGAACUGAAUGAUACAGAAAAGAAAGAUCAGAACACCUUUCAGUCAGAGUUAGAUGAGCUGAAACAGUAUAAUACUCUUUUAGCCAACGAGAGGAAACAAGCAGAACUCAGAAAGAAGUUCGAAAUGAACAAAAAACAAAGAGAAGAAUCUCAAAAAAUGAAUGAAGAAACACAAGAGGCAGACAGUACUAGGUCCCCAAUAAUUGCCAUUCCAAAAGGGCCAUCAGCUGAUAUUUCAAAUAAACACAUAAAUGAAUCGCCGUCACCACCGGAUAUAAUAUUGGAAGUUAUCAAUGAAGUAAGUGAAUAUCUCAGAAAUGACAGAAUUGAUAGAGUGCUUGCCUCAGUAGGAAGUGAACAUGUAAUAGUUCAGGUGGGGCAGCUACUCAAUGUUCCAAUGCCAAUUCAUGAUUUGCGUAACUCUCUAUUUGAAAUAUUGGAAAAGCAUUUUCUCUCACUGUCUCGUCCUGGUAUCAAUCCCGAUAUUAAACGAAGUGUUGGAGAGUUGAAGAAUAGCGUAGAACAUAUCACUCGUGAUGGAAUCAAGAGAAAUUAUGAGGAUUCAUCUGUUGCAGAAGGAGAGAAAAAGAGGAAAUUAAGCAGAUACAACUCCGAUCGAGCGGUAAAAACAAGUGGUCAAUCCUUCGAAAAAACCAAUGAAAGAGGAACGUUCACUAAAUCCAAUAGACAAUACACUACGAGGCCCUCUGAGAGAGAUCUAGAAAAAAAGUCCUCUGUUAGCAGAUUUUCUAAUAACAGUAGGCCGGCUACCGAAAAAUCAGACGAGCCAAAAAGUAAGACGUAUUAUACUAAUCGUCAGCAUCGUGGAAACUAUCAGGACAAGACUGAGGAAUAUGCCCAGAAAGACAGAUCUCUCAAAGCUUCAGAGAGAAAAUCCCCUUCCAUUCCCUUGGCUCCCUCGAAGGCUCGUGCCGUGAGUUUCCCAGAUGGGCCGUCAUCUACUAGAGGCGUGAAUAAACCAAGUGACAGAAAACCUCAACCCGGUGUACCCUACAAACUCAAAGCACCGCAAAAUGGUAAUGGUCGCAGGUUCAACGACUUUCCUCAGGAGACUGAAGAAAGACCAACAAAGAAGAUUAGAUUGGAUGAAAAGCGCUAUAACCCUGGAAGGAAAGACGACAAAUCGUCAAGAGAUCACGAGGCCAGCGAUGGGUCGAGAUAUAACAAGAGUUCAAGGAAUCAACCGCUUCCUCAAGGUCCAAGGGCCUCAACUGAAACAAACAGCAGAUAUCAGGGAUGA